UCCGACCGCCUUUUCUUCGACAUUUGUCCCACUAGAUCAUGACAAGAGAUGUCCCAACGAGAUGUAGAGCGGUCUUGCUCGCCAUUUUCAUUGCGUUUGGCUUCUUGUUCGGGUAUGAUAUAGGUGUGAUAUCAGGAUGUCUGAUUAUGCCAGACUUUAUCCGCCAAUUCGGCCAAGAAGGAACCAAUGGUCAGUACUACCUGUCAAGUUCGAGACAAUCGAUCAUUGUCUCUGUUCUAUCGGCUGGUGGAGCCAUCGUUCAAGCGUUCACGUCUGAUCGGCUGGGACGUCGUGGAUCCAUUCUGUUCUGGUCAGCUAUCUUCACUGUCGGCGUGGCUAUCCAAACCAGCACGACAUACUCUCUUGUUCAGUUACUCAUGGGGCGUUAUAUCGCAGGCUUAGGUGCCGGUUCAUUGUCAGGUUGCGUAUUUUUGAGUUAUGUGAUUGAACUUGGAAGUCACACAAUCAACAACUCUGCGUCCUGGCGACUCCCCAUCGGAUUGCAAAUGGUCUGGGGUAUCAUAAUUUUGUCUGGAAUGUUUUUCCUUCCAGAAUCUCCCCGACACCUUCUCGGAACUGGACGAAGUGACGAAGCGCGCAAGGUCAUUGCAGAACUCAACGGAGUCCCUGAAGACGACCCUAUUGUGAUUGGGAUUGUUAAGGAACUCGAUUUUGCUAUCAAAGCAGAAAAUGAGGGUGGUAAAGCGACUUGGUUAGAGUGCUUCUCCACGAGAAACGCACUGUGGCGUCGGACGAUGAAUGGAAUCAUGCUGCAAUUUAUUCAGCAACUUAACGGCCAGAACUUUUACUACUUCUAUGGCGACACCUUCUUUCAGAGUGCAGGUGCAGGGCUUUCACCUUAUAUCAUCCAGACGAUUCUUGGAGCGGUGUCACUUUUUGGAACUCUCCCCGCGCUGUACUUCAUCGAGACUUGGGGUCGCCGAAAGUCCCUGCUCCUUGGCGCGUCUGCGCAAGCUGUCUGUGCACUAAUUGUUGCUGUGGUCGGGCAUACUACCCUUGCGCCUACUGGAACGCCAACUUCAGCACUUACUGGUCGUAAUAGAGCUGGGGGCAACAUUGUCAUUACUUUUGCAGUAUUUCAAGUGUUCAUCUUCAACACGACUUGGGGACCUACUGCGUGGGUGUACCUCGGAGAGUCUUUCCCUCUUCGAGUGCGCCCCAAAUCGAUUGCUUUCGGGACUGCGUCAAGUAUGAUUGCUCCCUUUUCGCUAUUUGAAUUCGUUCUCUCGAUGUUUGAACACCUCGCCAGGAUUGGUCCAAUGAUAAUGUUGGUCUUCUUCAGCAUGCUUGUCUUUGGAUACAUCUACGUGUAUUUUGCUAUUCCUGAAACCAAAGGUCUAACUUUAGAAGAGGUGGACGAGAUGUAUCGCUCUGGCAUCCCACCCUGGCGAUCAGUAGGCUGGCGACCGAGCGAGAAGCAUUAUCAUCCCGAAGUACAUGAGAAACAGGCGUCGGACUCCGUGGAAAAUUGCUAGAGAUAUAAAUAUUAAAUACAAGGUCCUUGUAUCGCCCCGUCUUAUUUUUUGUCAAACCUCCAAAUUAUACACCAUUCUCAACCACAUGUCUCUUG